CUCCGAUUUAGUAAGAAGAAACCCCCAGGAAUUAAUAACCUAGAGUGAUUCAGACUAUUGCUAAGCUUAUAAAUAUGCUGGUAACAGAUUUGGUUUAUAAUCUGAAAAUGAAUGAUCCCCUUCACUCUAACGCUGGCCAUCCUUCAACAGAACCUCAAGAAGCAUUCACUCCAGAUUCACUGGAAUCAGCUAGCUAUGUAGCAGCAUCUCAAUCCACUGGUGGAACCAAUCAAACAUCCCAGGAGGGUGGAUACUCCCUUUCUGACUUUGUUCAAGGAAUUUCCCACGGUCUCUAUUAUUCCCGAGGUCAUCUAUGGCACUCGUAUGUUGUUAUCCCCGUGGGGAUAGUGAUACUUUUCACGAUUCUCUACGGUUUGAACAAACUUCUUACGAGUGUUAUAAAGAUCACAUUUCCUUGUUCUGUUCUUGGUAUGUUGAUUAACUUGGUGCUUCUUUGUGUGUUGAAUGUAUUGGCCAAUCUUGAAGGAAACAACCCUUGGAAGGUUCGUGUGGCGCAGGUAGCCACUGUCCUGUUCAAUAAGUAUCUCACGUUGAUUAAACCUCCCAUGAACUUUACUUUGAAGUGGAUCAAUGUAUUUUUCAUUCCUUCAUUCAUCAUUUUACCACUUUCUGACCCAAUCACUUUCAUUGAAUGUUUGAAGAUUGCCGGGGUGUUCGUGAUUGGAUUUCUACUUCUCUUAUGUGUGGAUGUAUACAUGAUUUUGAGCUUACAAUGGGUGUUAAAGAGAUUUGGUUUAUUGAAGCUUGAUUCUGAUGCCCAUCAAGUGGUUGAGUCAUCUUCUUCAUCGACUUCAGAAGAGGAAUAUGAACUUGAUGAAUUCCCCAGAAGCACUUCAGUUGGUGUAUUCACAACCAUGAGAGAUGAUAUUACCACCAUAGACAUUCCUAGGAAUGAAAAAAUUACAGCUACAAGAGAAGUAAGACAACCUAGAGGAAGUAAUGUUAGUGAAAACCCAUUUGAGCAUGAUCCACCUCCUCAACCUCAACGAGUUUAUUUAAGAGGUGGUGAACAGUCGUCAAUAGUCAGCUCUUCGGUUCUUCAACCUAAUCCAUCGUUACCCACACGUGCUCCGCCGGUUCUUGUGUCUACAGUUGAAACUCCUCGAGAAAUUAAAACACCCUUGAACCUUAGUCCAAAUGCUCAAAGAAUCACCAUCUUUCUUACAAAAUAUAUUGAUUGGACUCUUUACUGUACACUCUUUGUGGUAUCGCUCCCACUUUACUACGUCACAUCAAUCCACACUUUCCUUCCAUACCAUCUUGGUAUUACCAUCCUUUCAUAUUAUUUGGCUCUAUUGAUCCCACAAAAAUGGCCACAAUUGAAAAAAAUUGCCCAUCCGAUCUUGAUCCUGACUGCAGAGAUUUUAUUUGUAUGUUUCAUUGGGUCAUUGAUCUAUCAUAAUGGGAAACCAAAGGGAUUCAUAGAUGACUUGAAAUUCUACAAGACGGGGAAGAAUUACCUUAACCUUUUCAAUGGGAAGUCCAUGGCAGAAAGUGGUAAAAUAAUAGGUAAAAUGACUGAUGAUUACACUGCCACAAGUUUAUGGCCUGGAUGUGGUGACGUGUUAUCCUCUCUUAUGGACAUCUCAAUUGUAUCGUUACUGUUGCCUAUGUUUACACACAGACGAGAUUUUGUACGUAACUUUUGGGUCCUUAUGCCACCCAUCAUAGUUUCCAUUGCACUUACCUUCUUCUGUUACCCUGUGUUCUGUUACCAUAUAGGGAUUGCACCAGAAAGAUCCAUUGGAUUCAUUGGAAGAUCUGUUACGUUAGCCUUGGGAACUCCAUUGAUCACCGCCUUAAAUGGUUCCAUAUCUCUUAUGGCGGUUUGCACUAUAUUGAGUGGAAUUUGUGGGGUAUUGGUGGGAGAUCCACUCUUUAAAUUAUUAAGAGUGAAACAAAAUGACUAUGUGACAAGAGGUGUCAGUUUAGGGAUUAAUUGCGGAGCAAUUGCCACUGCCCAUCUUCUCAAUGUUGACCCAAGAGCAGCGCUGAUGAGUUCAUUAAGUUUUAGUGUUUUUGGAACUAUUAUGGUUGUUUUAGCCAGUAUAGUCAGUGUAAAGGAUAUGAUCCGAAGCUGGGUUGGAUUAUAAUUAUUUAUUAA